AUGGGAGAACCAAUGGAGCAAGCAACAUUGGUCAGAAGGCCUGAACAUUGCUCACCGGCUGGUCACGAUCUCGGAAGCGCCUUUGGUGAAGAGGAGGAAGGUACCGAGGCCAGUGCCGCUGGCAGAAGGCAAGUGGAUGACCGUGCUCAUGGACUUACGAACCGAGUUGAAGGUGUAGACUUUGUAGAGCCGAUCCUCGGUCCACUCAGCCCGCAGUGCCUCGGGGUCGCGGCCAACCGCAGUGACGAAUCCGAGCAGAGAGCACUCCGUCUUGUUGCCCACCUGCUUGGGCAAUUCACCCGGAGUCGAAGAUGGCUGAUGCGAGUGUAG